UCAAUCAGAUUUGAUGUUCUGGGUAGCACAUUAAAAAGGACAUCAGCAGAGCAUAUCCAGAGAAGAACAAUGUUUAGAGUCGUUUGAAAAGGAGGAACGCUUGAAAGAAAAGGACCAACCCAACCAAGCAAACAGCCAUGUUUCCUCUGUGGACCCUCUCCCUGGCUGCCUCUUUUCUCCUGCCUGCAACUGGGGAGGUGGUGGACAAUUUCAAAACCUGCACUCAGUUUUUUUUAAACCGUAAACCCCCCAAAUUGUCACUGAUGCCAAAGGAUCUGGCCACAAUCUGCCAGUUCUACCGGGGCAAGUAUCGGUUUGCCACACUGUACGACAAAGAACGGCGCAUCCCUAUAUUCUCAGCGUAUAAAUAUCAAUCAGGUGGGAGAGGAAGAACAAACAACUGGAAGAUCGAACCACAGCUUGCCCUGCCGAGGGAGCGUAGCCGGAAAAGCAUGGAAUUGGAAAAGACCUGUAAAAUUGACCGCACGCUCCUCAAAAACAGCCAGGCUGUUUCCGAGGAUUACAAACAGGCUUUAUACGACCGAGGACACUUGCUACCUGUUCUCCAUCAACCGGACCGGGAGAGCAAAGCUGCGACCUUCACCUUAACCAAUAUUGUGCCCCAGUUUCGCCGACUCAAUCAAGGAAAAUGGGCGGAUUAUGAAAGAAGUAUGACAAAACUUACCAAAGGGUGCCUUGAUACCUAUGUCCUUGUGGGCGUAGUGCCUGGGAGUGAAUUCAUUGCUCAUAGCAGAGUGAACAUACCUAGUCAUAUCUGGGCUGCAGCUUGUUGUGUGGCUAAACAGAAAAAAUCCUGGGGAGUCAUUGCAGAAAAUAAUCAAGCUCAGAUAGUCCAGCAUAGCCUGAAGCAGCUGGAAAUACAACUUGCUAAAUGCUAUGGGAAGAAGAAUAUUAACCUUUUCAAUGGUGCUUGCUAUGCAACAAAACAGCUUCAUGUAACAAACACAUCCAGGGUACAAACCAGGAGUUGGCUACCGGGGGCUCACAGGGGCUCAGGCGAGCCUCUAGCUAAGACUCUGAGGGGCUCGUAGAGCCCCCAGUAACCCCAGAAAGACAAGCAGCAAGGGAAAGCUCUUAAUAGGCUUAAUUGAACUUUUGGGCAUUCAGCCAAGAGCAUU